CGUAGAUAAAAUAAUUAUGCGACUGUAGUGCUUUUCGUUUGUGGCGACACCAAUGCGUACCAGAGUAUGAUGUAUAUGUGAUGGUAUACCAGUCGCCAUAAAACUCAUAAAAAUUGCUCGAAGUACUCGAUGAGCUUCGGACAUUGUUCCGAAUGACCUUUUUACGAAUAUCAUAGGACUGAACCAACAGUUUUUUUUAUAUAUUCAGGAUGAAAUAUCAAGCAAUAACUUAGGAAUAUCUUGUACAGAAUUCUUGUUUGGAUAACUUUAAAAUGGUAUUCCAAAUUUCUUCUGCUUCCUAUGAAGCCUGUCUUGCAUAACAAAUGACAAAUGGAUAAAACUAAAUUUUAUAUUCGCUUCUACUUCCAUUAUAUGAUCAGACGAUCAGGAUAAGUAUCGUUUGUCUAUAUUGGAGCGCUGACCGCCAUCAAAAUGAACAUUAAUUCAAUAGGCAUCGCUGAUAUCUUUAACUUAUUGGAAUCUAACAAACUUGCAGAGGUAGAAGAAAUAAAAAAAGUAUUCCAUGAAUUCUUUUUAUGUACAAAAGACAAUUGGUUGGUUAAUGGUCUUUUUGACUAUUAUCUAUCAACAAAUUCUUUGAGAGCCGUUGAGGUAUUAGCCGGUGUUCGUGAUCCGCAUGACAAACAUCUUUUAGACCGCUUAUCAGAAGCUCUCUCUAAAUCAGGAAGUAACAGCCAAAGAAUUCAAACUCUUACGUUAUUAGGUCAUAUCGCUCGUCGUCAACCUACUUGGUUGUAUAAGCUUACCAGUCAUACUUUGUUUCGGGAUUUACUCAAGUUACUUAAGAUGGAAGCGGAUACAUUAUCUCUUAUGAGCGCGCUUCUACUCUUGGUGAUGUUGGUACCAAUGUUACCUGCCGCUUUAGGACCGUAUCUUUCAGAAAUUUUCGAAGUGUUUGGUCGAUUGGCUUCUUAUUACCAUUAUCAAUCUUCAUCUGUAUCUUCAUCUCCUAUGCAUUUUACUUCUACAACUGUAACAGGAACUAUUGAUAAAAAUCAUUUAUACUUAUUACAUCUACAAGUAGGGCUGUAUAGUUUGUUUCAUAGAUUGUACGCUUUGUAUCCUUGCAACUUUAUUUCAUAUUUGAAACAACAAUAUAUGCAACGUGAACAGUUGGCUACUUUUACCCAUACAGUUAGACCUAUGUUGGAUUCGGUGCGUAUGCACCCUUUACUUGUUACCGCAUCUAAAGAUACCGAAAUUUCUGCUACUAGAUGGAAAAAAAUGGAACAUCAUGAUGUUAUGGCAGAAUGUGGUCGUUUUACGUUAGAUAAAUGUCGAGAAGAAGUAUUUAAUACUACUAAUUCACGUUCUACGCCACCUCUAGAUUACUCUUCGGUAUGUAUUCCGAUAAGUGCUGGUGGAGGAAUAGCAUCGUCGGAAAUUAUCAAUGGUGAAGAUGAUACUUUUUGGUCACCCAGUAUGACUGUACCACCACAGAGUCCUCAGUUUCCAGCUACAUCUCAUGAACAACGAUCUGCUCCUUCAACACCCAACAAUAGAAGUGGUACUUCUCCUCCGGAAGCUGCAGUUGAAGCUACUCCGGAAACAACUCCUGUUAAGGAUUUGCGGAAAUUGUCAACAAGACAAAUACCUACGGGAUCAGCAGCAGUCCGUGCACUUACUGCAUUCGGUAAUGGUACUGUAGGACCAAGUUCGAGGCCGUCUACCCCGGUUCCUGUAAAUCCACCAGUGUCUGGUUCUCUAAUCGGAGGCGGAGAUGGAAACAAUGCACAUGGAUUACUUUCGCACAAGAUAAGCAAGAUCAUGGCUGAUAGGCAAACUAUUACACAACAAAAAUCAUUUGUCAACGUUGAUGAAGAUGGAAGAAUUUCUGAAACGGAUACGAAUCAAAAUGGGAAGAAUGAUUCGUGGCAGGAAGAUCAAGAGGUUUUAGAAAUUGUAAGCUCUCAAGCUGCUGGAAAGUUCGAAAGUUCAAAAUAUAUUGAACGACAAGAACAACAUAAUGAAAAAUUCCAAAAUGCUUUCACAGAUUUGUCUCAAAGAGUUUAUCAGUUGCGCUUAUACUCCCAGAGCCAGGCUUCAGAACACUUUACAAAUUCAAAUUCUCUUUAUAAGAUUCGAAAAAGUAAAUCUUGUCCCGAUAUCGAAAUUCAAAAACAAAUUGGUCAUAAUAAAACGAAUCAAGAAACUAUAAUAAUGGGGGCAAAAAAAUUGCAGGAGACUGGAACCCAAACGUUUGAAUUACUUCCUUACGAAUAUUUGUUACUCGGAAUCUUAGAUCAGAAAACGCGAAUGAAUGUGCAAAACCAUAUCCAGAAAGAUACCAAAUCUAGAUUGUCACCAACUACAAUGCUAGAUCGCUAUGUCGAAGCUUGCACGCGUAUUAGUAACUUUUCUGGUGAUAAAACAAAAACUAACACAAUGAAGCAAAAACAAAAGAAAGAAAACGACGGAGAAUCUGAAGUAGCAGAAGAAGAUGCAUUAGACAUCGAAUGUGCAACUCAAUUGUUACAACUUAUGCAAAUGCAAUUGCUGUUCGAACGACAGCGUAGAGAAGUUCAUGCUGAACGUAAUCGAAGACUUCUCGGUAAACUGAGGGAUUCGCGCGCGUUAGAAGAACAUAAUUCUGCUUUGACUAAUCGUUUGAAAAUAAUGGAAGAAGAAGUAGAAGGAUUAAAGGCUGAAUUAGAACGUAACAAGAAAGAAGCUUGUAAAAUUGAGAAUAUAUAUAAAGAAACAGUACAUCAUUGGCAAAUCAAGUGUGUAGAAGAACAACAACAGAAUCUGACGCUGAAAAAUCGUCUGGAAUCUGUUGAACUUGAAUUAACGAAUGAACAAAAAAAAGUAUCAGACUGUGAACAACGACUUCGUUCUACAGAGGCUUCUCUGUUCGAUGCAGGGCAUCAAUUAAGGGUAGCUUUAAAAGCUGCUGAUCGUAGUAAAGAAUUAGAACGUACCCUUGAUACUGUGCAGAAGAAGUUCCUUCUACUUGGAGAGGCACAAUUAAAAUUGAAAGAGAGCACAGAUGGUCUUUCACCCAUGACCAAGCAAGAAGCAACGCAAAUACAGAAGUCAUACGCAGAAGAAUUGACUAAUUUGCGGCGACAAGUGGAAUCACGAACAUCUCUUAUAGAAGCCUUAAAAGUACGUCUAAGUGAACUAGAGAAUAAAGAUGCACGAAAAGAAGCGCAACUCGUAGAAUUACAAAGGCUUUUGCAAGAAACAAAAGAUCAGCACGAGGCUGAAUUAGAAGCUGUUGAAUCAAAGUAUAAAGCGCAAGUUGAAAUCAAUCUUCUCCUUGAAGGGCGUAUACUUGAACUUCAUGGUACUCUAGAAACCGCCACUUGCGGUACCACCACUCUAAACAAUUUAGCAUCUUCGGCGUCACCUAAAGAAAGAUCCCCGCCACUAUCAGCUAGUUUAGCUUCUUCUAGCGAAGGAAGCCUUGCCUUUAUUCAUUCAAGUACUGGAAUUAUAAUGAAUGACUGCUGUGAUACCGCAGGCGAAAUUCCUAACCUUCAAGCCAUUGUCGAGCCUGCACCAAGUCAAGCAACUUCACCGUCUCGUCAGAAUCAACAAAGACGAAAUCCUAAGCAAGAAUAA